AUGACUGGUAGACAUGCUACCAUAAUAUCUAAUUGGACUUUAAGAGAAACUUUUUGUGGGAAAUGUCUUUUUAAUUUUAACUUGAUUUAUCGUGCAAGUACUGAUGGUCUUUCUUCAAAAAUAUUUCAUGAAAAAUGUGAUGAUAAAGGUCCAACAAUUCUUGUAAUUAAAUUAUCUAAUUCAAAAGAAAUUAUUGGUGUUUAUAAUCCUUUACCUUAUCAAAAAUCAAAAAUAACUUUAAAAAGAAGAAGUUUAAUGUAUAAUAAUAAUAAUCAAUCAAAAAGAAAGUCAAAUAGUUAUGAUCCUUAUAUAAAUGUAAAAGAAGCAAAAAAAGAUACUUUCCUUUUCUCUUUUCAAACUCGUUAUUAUCCUGAAGAAUCUGCUAUAAUUAGUCGUAUAAUACCAAGUUAUUCAAGUGAAGCCAUUACAAAAAAUUCAAAUAAUAAUCUUUGUUUUGGUUUAGGUCCUGAUUUACGAAUUAAUUUAGAUAAUGAUGAAAAAUUUGGUGAAGUUCUUCCUUAUUCUUUUCAAAAUCCCAUUUUAAAUUUUGAUGGCCGUUUUGAAUUUGAAGAAAUUGAAGUUUUUCAAGUUUUAAGAAAGGUGGAAUAUCGAGAAGGGCGUUAUUAUUAA